CUGAUUAAAAAUAUUGUUGAUGAUUCCUUUGUUUGACUCGCAGUGGUGCAUACACGGAGUAAUUAACUCCAUCAGCUUUAUCCAUCGUAUAAGAAGCUGGGAGAUUAAAUGUUGAGGAACAGCUCAACUGAGAUGCUUUUCAGAAAAAUCUAACCUUAUUAGCCACUCUCAUAUAACCAAUCCAUCUGUCUAAAACAACGUCCAAAGGGCAUACAAAGAAUCCUGAGUCACACUCCAUCAUAAGGAAAAAAUAAAAAUAACUAGCUUUUCUUUAGCAGACUCCUUUAGCAGAGCUUGCUAUCUCAAGGGUGCAGGAAGAGUUAUGAAGAUGUUCUUUAGUGGGAAGUUUAGAAUCAUGGAGAUCGGACCUCCAUCAGACGUGAAGGAAUCAUUUAUGAAGUACAGUGAGGGAAGGAGUCACAUGACUGCCGAGCAGCUGCAGCGGUUCUUGGUGGAAGUUCAGGGUGAUAAUGCAGCUUCAAUCUCUGAGGCUGAGUUGAUUCUGGAUCAGGUUUUGCAAAAGCGGCAUCAUAUGACAAAGUGUGUUCGGAACAGUCUCACUCUUGAUGAUUUUCACUAUUUCCUUUUUUCAACAGAUCUUAAUCCACCUAUUAGUGAUCAGGUGGUGCAAGAUAUGACAGCACCUUUGUCCCAUUAUUUCAUAUAUACUGGCCAUAAUUCAUAUUUGACUGGAAACCAAAUCAGCAGUAACUGCAGCGACAUCCCUAUUGAAAAGGCACUCAAGAGAGGUUUGAGAGCAGUUGAACUGGAUGUAUGGCCAAAUUCGGCAAAGGAUGAUGCGCUUGUUCUUCAUGGGUGGACAUUUACAGCUCCUGUGAAGCUAAUUAAGUGUUUGAAGUCCAUUAAAGAGCAUGCCUUCUCUGCAUCUCCAUACGCAGUGAUAAUAACUCUUGAAGACCACCUCACUGAGAAUCUUCAGGCCAAAGCAGCUCAGAUGAUUGUUGAGACAUUUGGAGAUAUGCUGUUUUAUCCGAAUACUGAAUGCCUAGAAGAAUUCCCUUCACCUGAGGAAUUGAAAUAUAAGAUCAUUAUAUCAACCAAAUCCCCGAAAGAGAAAGGAGACCUUGGAGUGGAGACCAUGAAAGUAAAGGAAAUUAACUCACUGAAGCAAAACGAUUCUAGUGAAGAUAUGUGGGAGAAGGAUCUAUCAGAAAUUUCAGUUCAUCAAGAAGAUGAUGGAAAGAGUGAUGGCGAUACAAGUGAUGAGAAUCAGAAUGAUGAGUGCAUUAAUGCAUGUGAACAAGAAUUGAGGCCAAGAGAAGCACCUGCAUACAAGAAUCUGAUUCUGAUUAAUGCUAGAAAGCCCAAGGGUGGGUUAAAGCAAGCACUCAAAGUUGAGCUGGAUAAGGUCAGACGCCUUAGCUUGAAGGAGCAAAAAUUUGAAAAGGUUAUUGCAUCCCAUGGAACAGAUGUUGUAAGAUUCACUCAGAGGAACAUUUUGAGGAUAUAUCCUAAGGGUAUCCGAAUUGACUCCUCCAACUACAAGCCAAUGAAUGGUUGGUUACAUGGAGCUCAAAUGGUUGCCCUUAAUAUGCAGGGAUAUGGUAAGCCUCUCUGGUUGAUGCAUGGGAUGUUUAGAGCAAAUGGUGGGUGUGGCUAUGUCAAAAAGCCUGAUUUUCUGAUGAAUGUGGGUCCAGAAAAUCAGGUGUUCAAUCCUAAAGAGAAGUUGCCUGUGAAGAAAACUUUAAAGGUUAAAAUUUAUAUGGGAAAUGGAUGGCACCUGGAUUUUAAGCGAGCGCAAUAUGCUUUAUUUUCCUCACCAGAUUUCUAUAUCAGGGUUGGCAUGGCAGGGGCACCAGCUGAUAAUACAAUGAAGAAAACGAAGAAAAGGGAGAACAAUUGGACACCCAUUUGGAAUGAAGAGUUUAUAUUUGCAUUGACAGUUCCAGAGUUGGCUUUGCUUCGUGUUGAAGUUCAUGACCGUAUCAUGCCUGAGAAGGAUGAUUUUGCAGGUCAGACAUGUUUGCCUGUCUCUCAAUUGAGACCAGGCAUCCAUGCAAUCCCCCUGUUUGAUCGCAAGGGAAAUAAGUUCAGUUCAAUGCGACUUCUCAUGAGAUUCGAGUUUCUUUAGGAAGUGUCAACACUUAUUUCCUUACAUAAAUGAUCAUCCAUUUUUUCAGGCAAAGUAUCCAUUAAUAGCAAUUCAUUUCUAUGUACAUGCCUUGCAGUAAUCAAUGAGUAUGCUGCUGUCAACAUUUCUUUCAUUGAAGAUUGACAGGAGGAGCAAGUAAUUGAAAAUUUGUGAGCUUUAAAAAUGCCCAAUUAACAGACUCUGACUUCAUAUCAGAACCUCGAUACAAGAACAAAUUUGUGGUUAACUCGAAAAAGAAAUAGACAAACUGCGAAGAGGAAAAUGUAAUAUCAUCAUCACUCGGUGGCUUGCAAAUGCAUAAACGAACUAUUUAAGGGUAAAAACUAAUUCAUGCCUCUUAUAUGAAAAAUGAAUUCAGCAGCAUGUUUAAACUAAAAGGUGGUGUAAUUUAGAAGAGCGACAGUCUGACCUUCCUGGAUGAACAUAUUAAAUAGGAAUGAGAAUAUGUAAAUUAUGAACAGUCACUUGCAGACAUAAUUAUGCUUCUGUGAUAGAAGGGUACUGCUUCCAACUUGGUACCCGGAAGUAAGUUGCACACAUUUGUCUAUAUUCUAUUGAAGAUCACCCUUUCUCUAAUUA